UGGAGCUGUGUGAGUAAGCGCCUGUGCACGGUGCCGUCGUCGUAAGAAGUACCGACCCUCGAAGUUUGCGUGAAAAAUUUUUGCUCCGAAGACGAUUGAGGACUGUGUCGCGUGAUGUUUAUGCGAACGCUGCACAGGUCUCUGUCGCCGGCAAGGAAAACAUUGGCUAUCGUCCCUGUAUCCUCUGCGAGCUACCACGAGAAGGUUAUUGACCACUACGAAAAUCCCCGCAACGUUGGAUCGCUCAAUAAGAACGACAAGAAUGUUGGCACUGGUCUUGUCGGCGCCCCAGCCUGCGGAGAUGUCAUGAAAUUGCAGAUCAAGGUGGAUGAAAGUGGCAAGAUUAUUGAUGCCAAGUUCAAGACGUUUGGCUGUGGAUCGGCCAUUGCAUCCAGCUCCCUUGCAACUGAAUGGAUAAAGGGAAAGAACGUAAAUGAAGCUAUGAAGAUUAAGAACACCGACAUUGCUAAAGAGCUGAGCCUACCUCCAGUCAAGCUUCACUGCUCAAUGCUUGCCGAAGAUGCUAUCAAGGCAGCUCUCAGCGACUACAAGCGAAAGCGGGGUGAGCAGGAAAUACCAAAGGCAGGCGCAGAUGCCUCUGCAAGCAGUAAUGGCUGAGGGUUUGUAACAUUUGUUUAGGUCGCAGAAAAGUAAACUUUGUUGGACGUGUCAUCGACAUAUAGCUGCCUCUCUUGUACAGUAGAAUAAAGAGCAGUUUGCUGAGAUGAACUGAA